ACUCAUGUGUAUUUUCCAUUUCAGAAACCAUAUGCAUGUCAGAUCCCAGGCUGCACUAAACGCUACACAGACCCCAGUUCCCUGCGCAAACAUGUGAAGAUCCACUCCGCCAAAGAGCAGCAGGUGCGUAGGAAGCUAAGGGCCUGCCCCCAUUUAGAAUCAGAUGCUCUGAGCGAAUGUCUGUCAAUCCAGCAUCUGCAUGACUCUGCCCCUUCCCAGCAUCCCCACUGCCCUGCCACCUCUCAGCACUCUCUGAAUGGGAAGGAAGGCCGUUCCCCAGCACUUGGGCAGGAGAUAUUCACAGGCCUGUACGCCGGCUCCAGCACAACACACAAUGGAGCCCCACUUGAGUUGCUCUCUUCUGGACCUGACCUGGCCCCCAGGCAGCCCCGCCUGGACCACGACAUCGGCAGCCCCCACCAUCUCUCCUCGUUGUCUGUCCUCGAGAACGCCCGAGAAGGGUUGUCUGGAGCUUUGCUGUCUCCAGGGAUCAAUCUGCUGAAGGCCGCUACGUCUCCUCCACCAACACUAGAGAAGCAACAGAACUCCUCUUCGAGCCAGCAACACCUUCACACUCACCAUAAACCCUACACCACCUUCCACAGCCUGCCUUCAAGUGAGGAUUACCGUGGCAACUUUCAGAGCUGUUUCCAUUUUGGCGACGGCUACAGAAUGGACCAGUCCAUCAGUGGAGGCCAUCAACCUGCAGAGUCCCACAGCUUCAACACAAACCCACACAACGGCUUCCACAUGAGCUGUUCCACCAGCACCCCUUCCACAGGUUUCAGCUUGGUGUCGGACAUCAUAGGAUCAGGUUGCCAGUUCUCACCGGGCACAGAGGAGAGUGUUUUCUUUCAGGUGGGAGGCUUUGAUCGCGGCUUGAGCCAAAUGUCAUCAGUGUACACAGAGACAUAGGACCAGCUUACCUUGUCGGCCAUCAACACAAUUGUCUUCUUUCAGACCAAACACUUUCUUAAAUUAUUUUCUUUAAUCUAUGCAGUUUUAGCCUGUCAAAGAGUUUACAGUUUUUCUCAAAAUUCACCUUUUUUUAUUUCCCUAAAAUGCAUGGUUGGAUCACUUCAUUGGACUGAAAUAUCUGCUUGACUAGCCUAAAAGCUGCUUUUCCAUGACAACCAAGGUUAAAUAAUGAGGGGUUUGUGUUGAGGAGUGUUUAUUUGUGGGAUGUUAUGAAAUUGCUCAAAAGAUAUGUUCAAAGUAUCAUGAGAUACUCCCUUGUCGUCUUCGCUACAUCACUAGUCUUAAUAAAUCCAGCUGGUCAGCUCAGAUCCAAUUGUGACUUUGGAACAGUUUGAUAGAAACUUCAUAACCACCACAACUCAUCAGUGAUGAGUUCCACAUUUCCCUCUCAGAGCUCUUUUUCUGAUUUGUUGGCUGUUGUGUUGGAAACAAUUAUUUAGUGUUGCUGUGUUUUGUCAGUGAAUGUUUGCAAAUGUUUGUAUUGCUUUUAAUUUGGUUGUCAUCAUCCCAGAUAAACAUAGUUCUUUAUUUUGUAAUGGUUGAUGGCUUUAAUAUCUACCACACUUUCAUCGUAUGUAUAAAAUGUACAGUUUGUUUAAUUUUAAUAAUUAUGUCAAUCUCUGAAUCUCUGAAAAUAAAUGAGUCUUGAAUAUUGCA